GAACAGGCUGAGGCAGCACCAGAAUGAGUGGCUGCUGCCUCUCUGCAGUUGACAGCCCUUCCCGACAGGAGCACUCACCGUAGCUGCUGGAAUUCAACUGGCUAACUUGGCUAAGAAGUGUUAGCAUGUUUGUGUUGGGGAUACCUGGGGUUCUUUCUGCACAACGUCGCAUUUAAGACAUCUUGGGAGUUUAUUUUUUGACACGUAUAAUGUCGUUUUCCUCGUUUCUUUUUCACCUGCUUGCCGUAUCUUGUUAAAAAAUCAUCUAGUGGACACAGACGCUGCCAUUAGACCGAAGAUUUCCGACUGGUCGCCAUGGAAACGUGAGAGAGGUUAAAGCAUGAUAGCGGUCUGAAGGCUCGCAACUGUCCGCGCUGUCCGUGAUGGAGUUUCCCCAGCAUUCCCAGCAGCUGCUGUCGGCUCUGCGCUCCCAGCGUCAGCGGGGCUUCCUCUGUGACUGCACCGUGCUGGUGGGCUCAUCCCGCUUCCUGGCUCACAGGGCCGUCUUGGCCUCCUGCUCACCUUUCUUCCACAUGUUCUACUCCGACUCUCCCGGGGGAAACGGCACCGGCAGCUCUGUCACACUUGACAGCGACAUCGUCACGUCUGCCGCCUUUGCCUUGCUCUUGGACUUUGUCUACGAAGGCGUGCUGCAGCUGGAGGAGUCUCCUCCAGUGGAGGACAUACUGGCGGCUGCAAGCUUUCUCCACAUGAACGAGGUGGUGAGAGUAUGCAAGAGGCGACUGCAGAGACGGGGGCCUCUGGCCGAGGCAGACAGCACUCGCCCCGAAGAGAGCGGCGGUUUGAAGAAGGCGGCGGAGGCGAGGAGGGAAGGUGGUGGUGACGGCGGGACUGAUCUCAUGGUGGCCAUGGCGGCAGAUCACUCAAAUUCAGUGACCGUGGCAGCGCCACUGUUAUCACUAGCCAUAGUGGCAGAAAGGGGUGAGGUGGAGUCAAUAAAGUCUGAGCAAAGGACAUCGGGUGGGGGGUCAUCAGAGCCACGUAUUCAAACUCCUCUGAGCCCUGACCUGGCUGACACCACCCAGCCUGGCAUCGACAUCCCUCCUCUGCCACCGGGAAGAGAGCGGGUCCAGGGCCUCAUUACAGCUCGGUCUGCUCCUGCAUCCGGAGGUCACAUCAGGUUGGGCACUGGGGGUCACGGAGAAGGGUCGGCACUUUGCAGCCCCUGUAGCACCACUGAGACGUACAGCCACAGCAGCAACCAGCAGCCUUCUUCCUCGUCUUCCUCGUCCCGGGUCCCAGUGAGUCAGGCCGGUGGUCAGUCAGUGGUUACAGUUCCUCAGUCAGAAUCCCACCUCUCCCCCAGUGCACAUCCUGAAGAUUAUCAGCUAUCCUGUGAUGAACCCUUGGAGACCGACCACAGAGGCACUUUAGGCAGAGGACAACAGAUGGUCAUGUUAAUCCAAACAUCAGCUCUAACAUCACAUUUACAAACAAACCACACGCACUCAACACCCCAACGUGCGCUUCCCCCAAUCCAAAUUCAGAGUACUGUGUCUCUGCAACACCAAAACUUUAACCCUGAGCUUCACGCCCAGAACGGACCACAGGGGGGCACUGGAGCUUCACCCACUCCUAGAAGUAAGAGAUCUCAACCCCUCAUGGGGAGAGUGAGGACAGGCAAUGACGGAGACGACAUGAAGGUCAAAGUGGAGGCCAUUGUUAUAUCUGACGAGGAGCUGGAAGAGGAGACAGAGGAAAGCAGAGAGGAAGAACCAGUGAUGGAAGUGGACAAUGAGUUUGAGGAUGAUGUCCAGGAAGACGAGUUGAACAGUCCUCAUUUCCUUUCGUCCCAACAACACGGCCUCUUACAAACCUCUCAUUCAACGAUACCCUCCCUCUUCUCCCUCUCUCCCUCGGUGCUGGCUUCCUCCCAAACGUCCUUUCACAGCCUCCUCACCUCCGUCCACAUGCCCUCAGCAUCAAGAACCCCUCUUACUUCCGGGAUUUCCCAGGACUCCGUCGGAUAA